GUCUGGUCAUGGGCUCGAUGCAGCUUCCGGUGGCCCUAGCAGUGAGAGACAGUCUCGGAGGGAGCAGUUCCUACUGCACCCUCCUCUCUCACAGCAGCAGAAGACUCUCCCAAGUCCUCCCGUACUUCUCCUCCUUCAGUCGAGGUGGCCUCUCCUCAUGGUGGCAGGUAACUAUAUAGCUAAAGCUUCCACAUGUUAGGCCAUCAGUGAGGAAGAUGUUGGACAUGUAUAUUAUUGUGCAGAGGAUAAAUUUUCUGCUGUUAGCUAUUUGUUUGUUAGUGACAAUGUGCUUUGAAAGGUCAUGCCACAAGUAUAUUUAUACCCACUUCUAGGCCACUAGACCUCUGAAAACACACAGUGACAACUCUGCCCCUCUUAUAUACCACUGCAUAAUAUGAGCUAGCAUUACAUAAUAUGAUAGUGGGGCUUCCAAGUGUUUGCCAAUUUAAUAUCAAUACUUAUCGAUGUGAACAUUCUGAUAGGUGUUCUACUGGGGAGGAGCAGCAGGUGGGGCAGCUCUCUCUGCCCACAUGUCAGGAAUGUGGGGAGUGUCAACAGAUAUCUCAAGUUCGGUAGCUUUUAUUGGAGGAGUACUGAUGCUGUUUGGAGCCAGACUUGCAUCUGGAUGUACAAGCGGACAUGGGCUGUCGGGACUGGCUCUUCUCUCUCUGGCCUCGUUUGUGGCUGUGCCUGCCAUGUUUGCUGGUGGUAUCUCCCUAGCCUUCGCCAGAAAACUCCUUUUUUGACGCAACACACUUCACAUGCAGCUAGAUCACUGAUUAUUACUCAUUUAUUUAUAAUUUA